AUGGUUCUAGAAAAGUUUUGCAAAAAAAAAAAAAAAUUAAAAGAAAAAUAUUCUCAGAUGGCAUCGAGAAGAAAGUCGUGCAAUGGGUUACAAUUUUUUUUUUUUCCCUUCUUGUCUGUUACAACACUUUAUCGAACAUUGGAAAGCACUUCUCACUCACACAACCCACCAAGCUCAACCCCACACAAACAAGACGAUCAAUUUCCAAUGUUUAAAUCUAUAUUCAGAAAAACAGUACCAUUGGUUGCAUUUGGUGUAGGAUUAACCGCUUUCCCAAAGGACUGGAGAAAGGGCCAAUUUGGUGAUAAGAAGUUAUUAGUUAUCAACGAUUCUGUAUUACAACAAAUCGAAUCCAGUGAUAUAUACAAAGAAUUGAGUGCCAAUACUAAUCUAAGAAUGUACAACUCAAGUCAUAAGUUUCCAGACCAACAUCAUAAGAAUUACGUCAAUACAGGAUUAUUAUUUGGUCCUGAUUUAAUGGAAAUAGAUCCGGUAGUAUUUAUUGAUGAGAAUGUGGGGGAAUUGACAAGUUUCUAUCAUUUAGGAGAUAAAUUAAUCUCUCAGGAUGGUCAAAUACAUAACGGUGUGGUUUCAACAAUUUUAGAUGAAGGAUUGUGCUCGGCUGGGUUCCCAUUAUUACCAUCCAAGAAAGGCGUAACAGCAAAGUUACUGAUUGAUUUCAAGAAUCAAGCCCCACCUCAGAGCACAGUUGUAUUACAUGCCAAAGUUAAGGAACAUAAGGGGCGAAAAGUUGUGAUCGAAGGGUAUUUAGAAACCUUACCUGUGAACAAAUCUGAGAAACCGUUGUUAAUUGCCGAGUCCAGAUGUGUACUCGUGGAGCCAAAAUGGUUCAAAUACUUUAGGUGGUUACAAGUAUGA